AUGGACCAAACAGUCACAGAAAAGAAGCCCGACAUCGAGGCCGUAACGUCGGCUAGCCCGGUGGAAGACGAGCCAAAAUUCGGAAGUGUUGAUGAGGCCGAAGUCUUUGUUACCGGGCAUGAUGGAGUCAACUUCCGAACCGUUGGCUGGAUCAGAGCAUCAAUGUUCUUCUUGAAGAUGACUUUCGCUGCCGGUGUUCUCUCUAUCCCUGCUGCGCUUUACAAUCUUGGUGCUGUUGCCGGGGCCAUUUUCAUUGUGUUCUGGGGUGCGCUCAAUACUUAUUGCGCGGUACUUCAGGGACGAUUCAAGCUCAAAUACCCAUCGGUGCAUACCGUCGCAGACAGUGCUCACAUUGCCGCACUUGAGAUGGGGUUUACGAAGAAAAGCGCCUGGGUUGUGAAAGAGAUUACUGAAUUCGUGUAUCUCUUUACCUGGAUCCUCUGCGCCGGUGUCUCGACGCUCGGUUUCUCCAUUGCCCUCAACGCCGUCUCCAAGCAUGCAACUUGCAGUGUCACAUUUGGCUUCGUUGCCUACAUCAUCGUGGCCUCUGUUGCCAGCAUUAGAAAAAUCCACAAUCUUGGCUGGAUUACCUGGGUUGGGUUCAUUUCGAUUGUCACGGCUAUCAUGAUCGUGGUCAUUGCUGUCACACUACGCGAUCGUCCAGCCGCUGCACCUCAAACAGGAGAUUUCGACUUGGGGUUCGCUGCCCUUCCUCCUGCUGGGACGACCUUUGCUACAGCAUGGUCGGCUUCGUUGGCCAUAUUCUCCUCCUCGGCGAAUACUUCCGGGUUUGUUCCUGUGAUAUCGGAGAUGCGAAGACCACAGGACUACUUCAGAAGUGUAUAUGUUUGCAUGGCUUGGAUCACAUCAUCCUACCUGGCACUUGCUACCACUGUCUACGCCUACUGUGGUAGAUGGGUGGCCUCGCCAGCCUUGGGUUCAGCUGGGCCCACGAUCAAGAUAAUAUCAUACGCUAUUGCAAUCCCCGGACUGAUUGCUGGAACUAUGAUCUGUGUCCACGUGGCAGGGAAGAGCAUUUUUGUCCGCAUCCUGCGAAACACUCGUCAUUUGACGCAGAAUACAAAAACUCACUGGGCAGUUUGGCUGUCGUGCACGUAUGGAACGGGAUUACUUGGUUGGAUUCUAUGUGAAGCAAUCCCGUUUUACGGUAGCCUGGUCUCGCUUAUUGGGGCCUUGGGCUUUGGUUAUCUGGGUGUCUGCAUCCCUGCAAUCCUUUGGUUGGUCUUGAACGACGAUGCUCGCAAAGGUUCCGCCCCAGUGGUGAUCCUCUGGUAUGCCCAUAUUGGAAUAUUCGUGCUUGGUCUGCUGAUCACAGUCGGUGGAACUUAUGCCAACGUGGUGAGCAUUAUUGAUCAAUACAGGACAGGACAGGUCGGGUCAGCGUUCAGUUGCGUUGAUAACAGCAACACCGUUGCUGGAGGUUGA